AUGCAUGAACACCAUCAUUUCCUCCAUUUGCAAGAUGAUGAUAAAAUCAAAUCGGGUAACCACGUUACGGAAACAAAACACAACCGAACAUUAUUUCAGAAAUAUAUUCAUGAUGCUAAUUUUAGAGGAUGGUAUUUUGUCAGAAUAGAAGGAUUUAGACCUGGAAGAUCUGCCUUCUCCACAUAUGAAUUAUUUCCAUUUGAUCAUUUGGCUCCUAUUGAUUUUAGUGAUGACUAUAAAUUGUUAUUGGAGGAGUAUAAACUGAAUAGAGAGCAUGACAAUAUUAAAGAUUACAACACAGAGAAAACAGAAGAAUUACAAGCAUUACAAGUGAAAGAUUUUCAACUAAACCCCAGAGGAGUAGACUCAGACGUGGAUUUUGAUACAAUACCUUAUUCAGUGCUUCAAUUAUUUCGAAAAGAGAACUUUGAAAUGCUCUCCAAGUCUUUGAUUUCGCCAACAGGAUGUUAUUUUAAGCUGUCGAAAGCGAUAGGGCCAUUGCUCUUGUACUCAGACUCUGAGGUAUUUUUGGUGCCGUUUUUUAAGGAUGAAUACAAUGUGUUGACGUGGUACGCCCUUUUUGACAAGUCGCUCAUGAACGACCAAGCUGGAAGCUUUUCAAAACCUGUCAUAAUUUCUGGAAUUCCAAGUCGUGACAAUCUUUUGAACAUCAAUUUGAGAGACUUUGAUAUUGUUUCACUUCAUGUUGAAGAAUUUGUCUGGAGAACUUUUAUUGAGGGAAUCAUUUGGAAAGAGAUUCAGGCUGUAUCUUGUGGACAAAAAACGAUUACUGACUUACCAAAUGUGAACCUACGAUUGUAUUGUGUUCAAUGCAUGAUUUUACAACUUAGAUCGACAAUUGUGAAAGAAUCUGAACAAGCACAGCGAGAACAUCAACAUUCCAAUAUGAAUUUUUCCGACAUCUUCCUGGUUACGAAACGGUAG